AUGGAAGAUUAAAUAUAAAAAAUAUAGCUGUUUGAAAUAGUAUAGAAUUAAGAAGGUAUAUCGUUAAGUGUGACUAGCGAGGCCACUUUACUACUUUCAAAGUAUAAGCAUAAUAAUAUAUUGCCAAUAUGUUGCACGAAGUCGUAUACUCUUCAGCUUCUUUAGCUUUUAAAUAAAAAUAGGGCAGAUAAUUUUAAUUAGACUUAAGAACAGCAAAAAGAUAUUUUUUUAAUUGAUAAACCUAUUCCUAUGAAGAAUGAUAGCUUCAUUAUUUUGUUUGAAAUACCUGAUGAAGUAGUUUCAAUAGAUGCAAAAGAUUGCAGGAAUUCUUUAUAAUAUAUUUAUCUUUCAUUUGCUUUGUACUUAGCUUAGUACACAUUAAUUCCAAAGAAUGAAAAUUAACAAAUGAUCGAGCUUAGCACAUUAGAGAUUACCAGAAGUUUUAUUUAGGCACUAAAAAAUACACAAAAAGAAUAAAGCGAACUAUAUUCUACUAUUAUUAGCGAUUUUGAAUAACUUAAGAACUCUAUCAAGUUUUAGCCAAGGUCUAUUUCUGGUAAUCCAAUUAAAGGAGAAAUAGCUUUGUAUAUGAUCUAUGAGUUUUAAUAGGCUUAUUCUCAGAAAAAGACAAUUGAUAUAACCAAGACAUUUGAGAGUCACUCUCUGAUUUAUUUCAACAAGGUCAAGGAUGACCUAUUUUCUGUCUUUCUGAAUAAAAUUAAGAUGUAAUUGAGUGAAAACAACUAUCCAUUUGAUACGAUUUUCAUUGAUUCUAGCAUAAACGAGAUAAAAACAGAUUUAUUGCAUGAAUAUGAUUAAAAGGUAAGUGAAUUCUCUUACCUAAAGUAAAUUCUUACCCAAAGAAAAUCUCUUGAGGAGAAAAUCAAGUAAGAAUAUGAGGAAACAAUUAAGAAAAAUGAUGAAAUAAGUGAAGAAUUCUGCACUAAUCUGCUUGUUCAAAUAUAUGAGUAUUAUAAAUAACAAAAUCUUGAUCUCUUUACAGAAUCAUAGAAUAAUAUUUCUGAAACAACAAUUAUUGAAAAGCAACAAAUAUUUUAGGAUCUCAUCAAAAUGUACUUGAGCCAUGCAAGAGGUCCAUUUAAAUAUAAACUCUUAGCUGAAACUUAAACAAGAUUUACUUUCGAGUUCUUUGAUUAGUUCUUUAAACACCUUUAAGAACAUUUCACAAAUUAGCUAAUUUAGCAAAAGUAAUAACAAAGUGAAAUAGAAGAAAGAUUAGUGGAAUUAGAAGAGAAAUUAAAAACAUCAGAAUAAAAAAAUUCAAAGCUGGAAGAAGAAAAUGAAAAGCUGGAAGAAAUUAAAAAAGAAAGUAUUAAGGACUAACAAAAGUUGUAAGAGUAUAAAUUUGGAGAAGAAAGCAAUUAAAAAGAAAUAAAAUCACUGAAAGAAAAAAUAGAUAAAAAGCAAUAAAAAAUAAAUAAAUUAUAAGAUGAGCUCAACAAACAACUCAUAGAAUUUAAAAGAUAAAAUCAAGAACUAUCUGAUAAGGACUUCCGUUUGAAAGUUCUAAAUGAAAAGUUACAAAAAGUAGAUGAAAUGACAAAAUCACUAUUUUAAUCUAACAACUCUGUUUCAUCAACUUUUAAAUCUUAAAAUGAUAUGCAGACAUACUUGCAAGAUUUCAAAGACUACGUUCAAAAAGCAGAAAACUCUAUCAACAGAAUAUCAUCUAUUAGGGAAUCAUUAAACUCUUCACAAUAAUUUGAGAUUGAAAAUAUCGUCAAAAAGAGCAUUAAAUCAAAAGAUAAAAAUCAACUCCAAGAAGAGGUUAUGAAAGCCAGAAUUGAGGAGAGAGAAAAUUUUGUGAAGGAAAGAAAACUCCUAGAAGAUUAAAUACAUUAGCUUAGCAAAGAAAAAUUUGAUUUAUUUUAGUAAAUAACUCAAUGGAAACUCAAAGAAUUCGAUUUUAAUAAACAAAUAUAGAUAAUACAAAAGUAGUAAGAGUGCAUAGAAACAGAAUAGUAAAAGUACAACGCCACAAUGGAUUACCUAUAAACACAAGUUAAAAAAUUUGAAGAACAAGGAGAAUAUAUUUUCUUACUAAGAUAGUAAUUAGUUGAUUCUCAGACAACACUUGGUGACUAAGAAAUGCUUAUUGAUUUACUAUACCAUCUAUUACCUGAGCUAAUUCUCUAUAUGAAAAAAUAAUAAAAUAAAUUAGCUAACUGUUUAAUGUCAAUAUAACCUUACACUAACUAGGUAGAGCAAAUAUUGAAAUAAAAUGGUCUUAAAAUUUGA